AGAAUGACACUUAUGCAACACUCAAUUUUGCGCCUGCUUUUCAUGAUUCAUCUUCUUGCUGUUGGUGACGCAGGGAUAAGGAUUACUUGCAGGGGAAAGGAUGCCAAGUUGUGCCAAGAGACGCCGAUUGGAACAUCUGCACGUCUGCAAAGCGAGCCUCUUCCUCCACCUCCUCCUCCGCCACCACCGCCACCAUCGCCACCACCGCCACCACUAUGCAUUAGUGAGGAAAGAAGGAUUAAGAUGUUGUACGAUUUAGGACGCAAUCCGAUUUUCAUGGCAGAUACAGCUAGAGAAGCAGGAUUAAAUUUCUGGCCUGUCUUUGCAAAACUAGAAGGAGCGGGAUUUCGCGGUGGCCCCACUACGACGCCGGCGUGGCCACUCCGUGUGGUAGAGCCAUCCCCUGCGGACAUCGAAAUCAUAGAUGGUGUCGUUCGACGAACUUGCAACAACCAAUGCCAGAUUAUUACAAAUGCGUUGAAGCCUUUCGAAGAAGAGCAUCGAUCAAGCACCAACAAUCACUGGAGAUACAAAAGAGAUGAACAUCACGAAAAUCAAAAUCCCUUCGAUCAGCUGCAUUUUCCACAGAAUACAAAGGACAGUUGUACACUGUUUCCAAUUUUUGAGAAAUGUGCUAUGGCAGGCACUGAAGAACAUCCGGGUUUGAAACGC